CGCCGCUGACCCGCGCGCGCCCAGGCUCGCCCCCGCCGCGAGGCAGGCCCCCGACCAUGGUGAAGGACCCCAGCCCGCACGUAGAAGGCAGCGGCACGGAACGUUCCAAGGAGGGUUCCAGAAGCUCCAUCCCGGGGCCUGAGCCCGAGAGGCACGAGCGACUGCGGGAGAAGAUGGGGCGGCUGCUGGAGUCCGGUGACAAGUGGUUCUCCCUGGAGUUCUUCCCGCCCCGGACCUCCCAGGGCGCCGCAAACCUCAUCUCCAGGUUUGACCGGAUGGGGGCCGGCGGCCCCCUCUUCAUAGAUGUGACCUGGCACCCUGCAGGGGACCCUGGCUCCGACAAGGACACGGCCUCCAUGGCCAUCGCCAGCGCCGCCGUCAACUACUGUGGCCUGGAGACCGUCCUGCACAUGACCUGCUGUCGCCAGAGCCGGGAGCAGCUCACGGGCCACCUGAGCAAGGCUCGGCGACUGGGCCUAAAGAACAUCCUGGCGCUGCGCGGAGACCCCAUCGGUGACCAGUGGGAAGAGGAGGCCGGCGGCUUCAACUACGCCGUGGACCUGGUGAAGCACAUCCGGAGCGAGUUCGGAGACUACUUUGACGUCUGUGUAGCAGGUUACCCCAAAGGGCACCCCGACGCCGGGAGCCUGGAGGCCGACCUGCAGCACCUGAAGGAGAAGGUGGCCGCGGGGGCCGACUUCGUCAUCACGCAGCUUUUCUUCGAGGCCGACACCUUCUUCCGCUUCGUGGCGGCCUGCAGGGCACUGGGCAUCACCUGCCCCAUCCUCCCCGGCAUCUUCCCCAUCCAGGGCUACCACUCGCUGCGGCAGCUGGUCAAGCUGUCCCGGCUGGAGGUGCCGCAGCAGAUCCGCGACGUGAUCGAGCCCAUCAAGGACAACGACGACGCCAUCCGCAACUACGGCAUCGAGCAGGCCACCAGCCUGUGCCGGGAGCUGCUGGCCAGCGGCCUGGCGCCCGGCCUGCACUUCUACACCCUCAACCGCGAGGUGGCCACCAUCGAGGUGCUCCGGCGCCUGGGCCUGUGGAACGAGGACCCCAGGCGGCCCCUGCCCUGGGCCGUGAGCGCCCACCCCAAGCGGCGCGAGGAGGACGUCCGGCCCAUCUUCUGGGCCUCCAGACCCAAGAGCUACAUCUACCGCACCCAGGACUGGGACGAGUUCCCCAACGGCCGCUGGGGCCACUCCUCCUCGCCAGCCUUCGGCGAGCUGCGGGACUACUACCUCUUCUACCUGCAGAGCAGGUGCUCCCGGGAGGAGCUGCGGCAGAUGUGGGGCGAGGAGCUGGCGGGGGAGCACAGCGUCUUCCAGGUCUUCGCCCACUACCUGUCUGGGGAGCCCAACCCGCAGGGCCACCAGGUGACGUGUCUGCCGUGGAAUGACGAGCCGUUGGCGCCCGAGACGGACCUGCUGAAGGAGCAGCUGCUGCGCGUGAACCGCCGGGGCCUGCUCACCAUCAACUCCCAACCCCCCGUCAACGGCCGCCCGUCCUCCGACCCCGUGGUGGGCUGGGGCCCCAGCGGCGGCUACGUCUUCCAGAAGGCCUACCUGGAGUUCUUCACGUCCCGUGAGACGGUGCAGGCGCUGCUGCAGGUGCUGAAGAAGUACGAGCUUCGGGUCAACUACCACAUCGUGGACGUGAAGGGAGAGAACAUCACCAACGCCCCCGGCCUGCAGCCGAAUGCCGUCACCUGGGGCAUCUUCCCGGGCCGGGAGGUCAUCCAGCCCACGGUGGUGGACCCCGUCAGCUUCAUGUACUGGAAGGACGAGGCCUUCGCGCUGUGGACAGAGCAGUGGGGGAAGCUGUAUGAGGAGGGCUCCCCGUCCCGAGGGGUCAUCCAGCACAUCCACGACAACUACUUCCUGGUCAACCUCGUGGACAACGACUUUCCGCUGGACAGCUGCCUGUGGCAGGUGGUGGAGGACACGUUCGAGCUGCUCAACAGGCGCCCCCAGCAGGGCACCACCAGGGAGUCCGCGGCCCCGUGACCCACCCGCCAAC